AUGAAAGUAAACCAACCCAUUACAGGAAAUAAUUUAGAAAACAGUUUUGGAGUAACAAAACUAACUGGACAAAAAGUUAGCAUGCUAACUAAUUCAAGUAGUCGCAAUCAAAGAAGGUCUGCUCUUAGACCAAAACCUCAUAGAUUUCCUUUUGAUAGUAAAGUAAUAAAAGGCCAGACUAAAGGAAUUUUAUUCUCAGCACCAGUAGAACCACAUGAAAUCAACAAUAGAAUUAUUAACAGAAGACGUAGAAAGAGAUGGACUAGAUACAUUCCCUGUUGCUUAUUAAGAUAUACAAUCGAUUAUCUAUUUUACAGAUAA